UUUAUGUAAAUUAUUAUUAUUUUUAUUGCAUUAAUAUUCACUGUUAUUAUCGUUAUUGUUAAAAUUGCAUAACUUAAUUACUUAAAUCUGAGCUUGUCGCGCCUUUACUUACGCGUUCAGCUGAGUAGGUGUUGCUCUAAAGACUUCAUGUAGAAGAUGAUCAUUACGGGGUUUGAUUAUGGAUGUAAAGACGUAGCCUCCUUACCUGCUGCAGGUCUGUCGCAUGUACAGUAAGCGGUAAUUCUGGCACGGCUGGGCUCCUGGCUCCAUUACCCGCUUGACUGAAUGCAUGCUGGCGAUGUAGCGCUCGUUUAACCGCUAUUUAUCUGGUUCAGUAACAGCUGUGCACCAAGUUAAAUUACAAGUUAAAGUGAUGCGGGAAGAGCUGGGUACCGAAGCGAACUGCAGCAACAGGAGCACCGGGGGAGAGCAGUGCCACGGAUCCGACGGGCGCUUCCCCUUUCUCCAAGUAGCACUUUUGGGGUCUGUUUUCGUGGUGGCCGCCUUCGGCAAUCUGCUUUUCUUACACGCACUUUGGAAGAAGCGCAAGAGAAACAGCAGGACACAGCUGUUCCUGCUGCACCUGUGCAUCGCCGAUCUGCUUCUGGCUUUCUUCCAGGUCCUCCCCCAGCUCUUUAUGGGAAUAACCCCGCACUUCAGGGGCUCCGAUGUCGCCUGCAGGGCUGUGAAAUACCUUCAGGUGGUGGGCAUGUCUGCCUCGGCGUACCUGAUCGUCGCGAUGACUGUGGAGCGCUACAAUGCGGUCUGCAGACCCAGCGUGUCCUUCUUCAGAGGCUCCUUACGGAGGUAUGUGGCGAUCGGAGCAGCCUGGGCGACAGCGCUGGCUUUCAGCUGCCCACAACUGUUCAUCUUUUCACUGCGAGAAAUGGAGGAACACGUGUACGACUGCCAGGCCACCUUUAUUGAUCCUUGGGGAAGUGAGAUAUACAUCACCUGGGUUACCUUGUCGGUCUUCGUAUGCCCUGCCGUAAUUUUACUUUUCUGCCAGAUUCAGAUAUGCACAGGGAUUUACUUAAAUAUGAAGAGGAAAUCGCUGCAGACGGCUGCAAAGGAGGGUCGAUCGGCUUCCAAAGGGGUGUCAAAGACCAUGCUAAAGACGGUGAAAAUGACAUUUGUGAUCAUUGUCGUUCAUAUGGGGUGCUGGAGCCCGUUUUUCCUGGUCCAGCUGUGGUCUACCUGGAACUCCCAGAGCGCGCAGACAGAAGCUCCGGCAUUUAUCGUAACGCUGCUUGCCAGUUUGAGCUGCUGCACCAACCCCUGGAUCUACCUGUAUUACAGCUAGCGGCUAGAGGAGCUGUAAAGACUGAGUUUUACACGCAAAGAGCAGUGUUACUUCGCAGGGAGGACGUUAGGGGGCGCUACAAGUCGGAAGCUUUGAUUAAAAGUAGAACCGUUCCUUUGUAGGUGACUCGGUAAAUCAUGAUUUAGAUUAUCGCGAAAUUAUGAGAAUAAUUAGUGAAAGUGACAUACCAUAUAUCUCUGUGUGUAUGGCUGAGAAGGACUGGAUUCAACUAGAUUCAACACUUGUAUGUAUUCAUAUACGGCAGUGGUUCUCAAAGUCGGUCCUCAGGACCCACUGCCCUGCCUGUUUUCCUGCUAUCCCUGCCCCACACACAAGUCCCAUCUGCCUUUCAGCUUCUGACUGACUAAUCACACCUGAUCCAGGUAAUCAGCAGUGUGUAGGGCAGGGAUAGCUGGAAAACAGGCAGGGCAGUGGGGCCCGAGGAGUUUGAGAACCACUGAUAUACGGUAUAACAUCUACAUACACAAUUAAAAUACAUUGUAACUUGAUUCAAUACAUCUGUCUGUCCAUCCAUCCAUCCAUCCAUCCAUCCAUCCAUCCAUCCAUCCAUCCAUCAUCUUCUUACUGGUCAGGGUUGCCAAGGGGCCUGGAUCCAUUCCCAGGCAGCACAGGGCAGAAGGCUGGGCUGGACCACUGCUGGGAUGCCUGUCCAUCACAGGAGAGUAAUUACCUAAUAAAUCCCCUGAAAUUGAUGCUGCAGUUGUAGCUGAAAUAAUAAAAAUGGGAGUGGCACAGUGCUUCACUGUGGUCCUGCACCUUCACAGAUGUGGGCUUGAUUCUCCAUGAAUCUGCACAUUCUCCCCACGUCCACUCAGCUACCUCCAGGGACUCCGCUUCCCCUCUCCAUCUAAACACACGUGGUUGUGGAGAAUCGGCACUUUGAGCUGUGUGUGCCUUGUGACCGGCGUUCCGCCUCGUCCCUGUGCUUCCUGAGAGACUCCAGGCUCCCAGCGAUCAUGAAAAUACACACGAUGCAUGGAUGGAUGGUAUUGAUGUUGUCAUGUACAGUAUUACAACGCACCCAUGUAAAGCACCUUAGAGCGACUCUCAUGUGAAAGGCGCUAUAUAAAAAUUAACUGAAUUAAAUUUUUCUUAAGCACUAUUAAUUCAUUGAAUUUAUAGAUUUUUUAUAAUAAAGUGGGGGAAAUUUUUCUUCAGUGCUAGUGAACUGCUUAACCCUGUCUGGUUAUUGUAACCUAGCAGUGCCUGUUUGUACUGGCUGUAGUUUUGGCAGCUGUGUUACUGAAGUGUUUAGGGUGUAUAAAUAUUCUAGGUAAC